AUGCUUUCUUUCCCCCGCCUCAUUAGCCGUGAAAUGCGUCCCUGGCUUCGCCUCUUCGAAGAGCUCGAAGGUUCAAACCCUCAACAUCACAACUCCUUCCGCUCCCAACUCUCCUCCUUCACUCCAUCCUUCGACGUCAAAGAAACCAAGGACUCAUAUGUCUUGGAUGGUGAACUCCCCGGUGUAACCGACAAAUCCGCUUUGGACCUAACCUUCGUCGACGAGAAUACUCUAGUCGUUAAGGGAAGAGUCGAGCGGAAUACUGAGACAGGGAAUCCCUCUUCUUCUUCUUCUGGUACUACCGAGGCAGCAACAGAGAAUAAAGAACAAGGAACGACGAAGAGUUACCACGCUCCAUCUGUUGAAGAGGAAGGCGAAUCUUCGGCGGCUGUGACGAAGACGUCUGAGACUUCUACUGAAAUCGAAAAGAAACAAGACACUGGUGAUAAAUACUGGGUUCGCGAACGAUAUGUUGGCGAAUUCCAGCGAGCAUUCAACUUCCCGCAGUCCGUCGACCACGAAGCAGUCAAGGCUUCACUUAAAGAUGGAAUCUUGAGCAUUGUGGUUCCCAAGAAGACUAAGCCAGAGGGUUUCCGGAAGAUCAAUAUCGAAUAA